AUGCCAGGCGAAAUCUCCAAGACCGCAAAGUCAGAGGCAUUGACCGCUAUCCCCCAUUCUCCAUGUCUUCUCCCUUAUGCCAUAGAUCAUCGUUCUUACAACGAUUCUGGACGAAUUGCAAUCAGCUAUCCUAAGCCUGGCACCGGCGAGUAUGUCGAUGUACCCUGGGCUCAGUUUGGAGCUGCCGUAGACGCGGCGGCCUGGAAUUUCGACGCGAAAAUCGGCGCUCGUCGCUCUUCUGAGGAUCCGGACAAAGUGGUAGCAAUCCUUGCCAGAUCAGAUGCCGCGUACAUGAUCACUAUCUACGCCCUCCACAAGUGCGGAUUAGUCCCGCUCCUCAUCUCUACCCGUAACUCCCGAGCCGCCAUCGUCAAUCUCUUAAAGUUGACAAACUCUGUCGCCCUUCUAUCCGACUCGUACAACCGGAAGGAGGCCGAGGCCUCCGCAGCUGAGGCGGGCGCAAUCCCUGUUCAUGAUUUGGCACCUUUGCCGGCGACUGUGUCUGUCCAAGACCGCAAGCCUUUCCCCUUCACCUUGAAGUGGGAGGAUGAAUGCGACCGAAGAGCCCUGAUUUUGCAUACGUCUGGCUCUACAGGCCUUCCCAAGCCCGUGGCCUGGAACACGCGCUUCUUCUGGCACCAAGGAUACUACCCGCCGAAAUUCGUUACCAAAUACAAUAAUUCGUCUGUUCUUGCCACGUUGCCCUUGUUCCACGGCUCCGGGGCUGCUCUCACUCGCGCCUCUCUCCUCUGGCUGGGUUGGAAAGUUACUUUCCCCGACCCCUCGAAGCCCGUUACCGCCUCAGCCAUCAUCGACCUCUGCCAAUCCAGCGCCGUCUCCGGUCCGGACAUCGUGAUCGGUGCACCCUCUGUUAUAGAGGAGAUUCCGACGCUGCCUGGAGGGAUGGAUGUACUUCGCGGGCGCAAGUUCUGGUUCUUCGUUGGAGCACCCGUGCCUCCUCACUUCGGCGAUUUCCUGGUCAAGGAGGGGAUCCACUUCCUCUCGAUGCUUGGUAGCACAGAGAUCGGGCAGAUGAACGUCCUGGAGCCUGAUGGCAGAGAGCCUCAGGACUGGCAGUACCAUGAGAUCCGCCCAGACCUGGACAUCGUCUUGGAGCCCAGGGGCUCGACGCCGGACGGCGGACCGUUCGAGCUGAUUAUCUUGGCGAAGGAUGGUUGGAAGCCGGGCACCAUCAACGUUAACAUCAACGGAGUUGAGGGUUACUCAACUUCAGACCUCUACCAAAGACACCCCACGCAUCCCCGCUUGCUCAAACACUGCGGUCGCGCUGAUGACGUUAUCGUCCUCUCCAACGGGGAGAAGACCCUAUCUCGCGCUAUUGAAGUGCCCAUUGAAGCAGACCCUCGUGUUUCUGCGGCAAUUGUCUUUGGUACUGGACGAACGCAGAACGGCGUCCUUGUUGCUCCCGCCUCGGAUUACGUCUUUGACCCUUCAGACGAGUCGAAGCUCGCUGAAUUCCGAAACGCCAUUUGGCCCAGUGUGGAGAUGGCGAAUAGGACUUCCCCUCAGCAUUCGCAGAUAUGGAAGGAAAUGAUUCUUGUCACGACUCCUAGAAAGGAGUUGCCGAGGACGGACAAGGGCAGUGUCAAGAGGAAGGCUGCUAUAGACCUAUACGCCAAGGAAAUCGACGAGUUGUAUCUAGCUGUCGAAAGCCUGUCGUCGUCGAACAAGCCGCCGUUGCCCGAGCCUGCCGAGGAGAGCACCUUGGUACCGUUCUUCCGGGCCAUUGUCGAGGAAGCCAUGGGCAAGCCGGUCGGCAGUGACGAUGACGUUUUCGAGCAGGGAAUGGACUCGCUGAAGGCGAUAUUUGUUCGUAACUCCCUGCUGUCUGCGUGCCGUCGCAGCGAGAAGAAGGAGAUUCAGGCCUUAGCGAGCAAAGUUCCUCAGAACUUCGUGUUCCUAUACUCGUCGCCCAAGGCUAUGGCUACGGCUAUGGCGACCUUAGUACAGUCUGGCUUCUUGGCGGAUAGCGGGAUGGAAACCGCAGAGCAGCACGCCCAGAUCAUCAAUGAUACUGUGGCGAAAUACACCUCAGAUCUGCCCACGCAGAAGGGGUCCAACGUGCCCGCGGACGAUGAUGAGGUUGUCAUUCUCACGGGCUCGACGGGAUCCCUCGGCACGUUCAUCUUGCAUUCGCUGCUUCUCAAUGCUCGCGUCAAGAAGGUAUUUGCUUUCAACCGAUCUGGUUCAAGCCCUUCCAUGCAACGCCAACAACGUUCGUAUAAGGAAAGGGGCUUAGAUGUAUCCGUCCUUGAGAACGCCGCGGCGUUUGGCAAGCUCGUGUUCCACGAUGUCCAGGUCAACCAACGCAAAUUUGGUCUUGCGGACGAUGUCUUCAUCGCCAUCCAUUCAUCUGUUACGCUCGUCAUUCACAAUGCUUGGGCAUUGAACUUCAACUGGUCCUUGGCGACUUUCGAACCUGUUCACCUUAAAGGCCUUCGCAAUUUCGUCGACUUCGCCCUCACGUCACCCCGUGAUAGAGCUCCGCGUAUCGCAUUUACGUCAUCCAUCGCGUCUGCCGGCGCCUACACGAAAGGCCCAGUCCCUGAGGAAUCCGUUGAUGACCCAUCCAUGUGCCUGCCUCAAGGCUACGCAAGGUCAAAGUACGUGGGCGAGCGGAUACUGGCUAUUGCAAGGGAGAAGACAGGCUUGCCCACGAUUUCCUUCCGCAUUGGUCAGAUUUCCGGAGACUCUCGACGCGGUAUUUGGAACGAGACAGACAACGUACCAGCUCUAGUUCGUGGCUGCCAGGAGCUCGCGGCUAUCCCAACCGACUGGCCACCCGUGGUUGCUUGGACACCCGUCGACAGCGUUGCUCAGACUGUAGUCGACGUGUGCUUAGAUCCGAAGGGUCGUGUCGGCAUGUUCCACAUUGCGAACCCCAAGCCGACCCCGUGGAGCGAAUUUGUGCCAGUCUUACAGGCCAAUCUUAAGACGCAGGAUGGCCGCAAACUGGUACUGGUCAAGAUGCGCGAAUGGCUUGACCGGCUGAACGAUGGCCAACAGUCGGCGGAGUCUAACCCUGCCGUGAAACUCAUUGCCUUCUUCGAGAACAAUCUGGCAGGGAGGGGUAUCCGUUGCCGGCUUGACUUGCAGAAGACGGUGGAAGUCUCGAAGACGUUGAGGGAGGUGCCUGCAGUGGAUCACAGGAUGUUUGAGACUUACCUGAACUACUGGAAGAGUAUCAGCUUUUUGCGCGCGUAG